UUCAUCCUUCCUUGUCCUCCCCCAAUUCCCACAACCUUUCGUCCACUUUCUUGCUCCCGGUUGUGUGUGUGUUUUCUGUAUGAAGUUUGCGUCGGAUACACGCGAGGCCGUGGGUUCAGAUUGUCGCAGUCGGAGUCGUCAUCGUUGGAGGCGUAUCCCCGACUUUCCCUGUGGAUCUUUGGGUCUCUGGGUCUGUGUCUGCUUCAUGCCAUGGGUCGCGCGCCAUGCUGCGAGAAUGAUACUGUCAAACGGGGCCCCUGGACGCCGGAGGAAGAUGACAAGCUCGUCACCUGGAUCGCGCAGUACGGAGCUGGUAGCUGGCGCACCUUGCCGAAAAGAGCCGGUUUGCGGCGUUGCGGUAAAAGCUGUCGGCUGCGCUGGACUAACUAUUUGAGGCCAGACCUCAAGCACGGACGCUUUUCUGAAUACGAAGAACAGCUCAUCGUCCAUCUCCACGCAACUUUGGGAAGCCGGUGGUCCCUCAUUGCGGCACAACUUCCAGGGCGCACAGACAACGACGUCAAAAACUAUUGGAAUUCGCGUCUUAAGAGGAAACUGUGUGAAAUGGGCAUUGAUCCCAUCACACACAAACCCAUAUCUCAGCUUCUAGCGGAUCUUGCUGGCAGUGAGGCACUUCUGCAAGGAGGUGAAGUCGCUGAGGCUGCACUUGGUUGCUUUAAGGACGAUAUGCUGGACAUCCUGAUAAGACAGCGGUCGGAAGGAUCGGACAUCGACCAGUCGGCGGGUACCCAUGAAUUAACAACUCGGCAACCACCUCUCAUGUUUGCUGCUUCAAGGUCUUGUGUCUUACAGUCCGAUCCGGUCGGUGCAAAUGUUCGUAGUACCAUAACUAACGACCGCCACAACUCAACGUUCACCAGCCGCAAUUUCGAAUGGGCGGUUGUGGAUGACAAUAACUACAGCCUUGCAAAGUCUACACAAACAAACGAGGUCCAACAGUAUGGAGAGGUGAUGAAUUCUAGAGAAGGCUCCAAUUCCCAAAACCUGGCUGUGCCAAGUUGCCGACUCUUCCCACAAGAUACCGCGAGUGAAGGUUCAAAAUUCAGUACAACAGCCUGCAACCUUUCAAGUCUAGAAUCCCCAAUUCUGGUCAACGCACCAACGACAGUCACGAAUCUCUUGUGCGAUCCUUUGGCGGUCAGUUGGAGUUGCCACAUCCAAGAUAUGCAGAGAGAGUCGAUCACCGGCUGUGUUUCCGGCAUCCAAGACUUGGCAGGUAGGGUCACGGUGCUUGGGUCAAGCAGCCUGCCUAGUCCAUGCCACAGUGACCACAGCAGCACCACUAGUGGCAUCACAAGCCUGGUCAACGGUGACGUUGAAGGGCUUGAAACCGUCUUCAGUUCUGAUGUCUUUUUGUGGGACUUCCCAGAGCUAAGCUGCAUUUUGAGUUGAGCAGCCCUUUUUGUGAGAAGUUCACAGUGUGAGUCGAAGAGUGUAAAAUUAUGACAAUUUGAGAAGGAGAGUGGUCAUCAAUGGUUUUAUAGAAUAUUAGAAUGUAGUAUACAAAGUGGGAUGCUAUUGAAACUAGGCCAGCAACAACUGGUUGCAUUAGAAAUGUCUUUUUUCUUUGUAAUGUUCACAGUCCUUGCACAUAGUUGUUGUGCAUGAAUGUGUAGUGGAAAAUGAUCUAGGAGAGUGUUAGUUUUGUUUUGCUUUUGACUUUUAGUUUGAUGCAAAAGUGGCCAUUCUAACCAAAUAGGUGUGGAUCAUAUAUGAUCACAAAAUUAAUCUCUCCUUUCAAGAUUUUGUACAAAUUGAACUUGACAUCAAUGAAAACAUAAUAAUUGUUUACA